GAAAUUUAGGAAAUGUUGGACAUAAGAGUCAAACCAAAUCGGAUGAGGAACAAAACUGCUUCAAGGAAAGCAUUCACUAAAUCAAACAAUACCUUCAACUCUGGUUGCUCCAAAGUAACUUACCCUGUCAGAUCUAAACGAACAAGAACGCCUAUAGCUUCUAAAGAAAAUACCGAGACAGACCAGUUCGGGAAGCCAAAAGAGUCCAAAAUAGGAAUGAUCAGUAGAAUUUGCCUGUACUCAAGCAUGCUGAAACAACUCAGCCUAAUUGACAUUGAUAAUGUGACACAGGAGGAAGAUGAACAACUGAGAAAGAUCGUUAAGGUCAUUUUAGAUACAAGGAAAUAAGAGGCCAGCCCCUCCGAAACAAUUUACCAAAAUAGACACGAAUGUAAGAAAAGCGGAGAAGGAUAGGGAUUUUGGAGAUGAUUUGAAAUAAACUGUUCUCCUUAAGUUCUUCAGACAACCAUGAAGUUUUCAAAUCCCUCGCCACAAACCUUGAUAUGACUAGUUCACCCAUGAGGAGGAACAACUCAAUGAAGAACAUUACUUUCCUACAAAUCUGUGCAAUCCGGAUAUCCAAAGCCUCAUGGGGAUGUAUAGGCAAAGCUAUUUCGAACAAUAACAGUAUUAGAACGCUUGCUCUUAAUGCCUGUGGAGUUAAUAACAAUGCAUUUGCUCACUUAGUCCCUGCAAUGGAGAAGAACAAAAGUAUUGAAAUUCUCGACCUAUCUUGCAACUAUAUGGGAGAUAAAAUGAGUACAUUCAUUUCUAAAAUAAUCGCUCUCCAAAGCGAGAGAAGAGAGCAAGCAAUCUGGCUUGCAGGGCUCAGAGAAGAACUUCCUGAGGAAGAAGAAUAUAAAUCUGGCCUUAAGAGUCUUAUCCUUAGGCAUAACGAUUUUAGCAAAGAUGUCUGCUCUGAAAUUUCAAGAGUACUUUAUUUUGACAUUUACAUCAGAUCAAUUGAUCUUAGAAAUAACUUACUUCAAGAAGAAGAGAUCCAGGAAAUGAAAUAUUUCCUCAAAUCGAAUAAAACCUUGAUUAAUCUUGAUGUACGUCAAAAUCCAGGGUUAACUACUAAACUGCACAGGAUGGUUGUGCUCAAGCUUCUCAGAAACAUCGAGUAUACUAAGAAAACUAAUAUUGAAGACAUGAGGUGGAUGAACCCAGAAGUGCUAAUCUGAGAGGUUCCAAAACAUUUAGCUCCAAAAAUCCAAAGAAAGAUGAAUAAAUUGUUCGAGCAUCCGAGCCAAGCUCAUCGUCCAAAGACCACUGUAGUCAGAAGAUCAGUGAAUUAUUACAAUAAUAACAAAACUAGCGCAAUGCAAGUUCCAGAUUACUUAAAAGUAGCGAAAACCCCAGGUGUAGAUAACCUGAAACAAAGACUUCCAUUAGCAGAGUACCACUACUCCCAGAUGCAAAACAGAGAAAGCAGUAUGUACGAAAAGGUCUCAGAGCCACACAUCGCUAAGAGCCAGAUCCUAUAGUCUAAAAUUUCCAUAGAUUUU